GGAAAAAAAGAAAUGUGGACAGGGCAAAACAUUUCCUCUUUUUAUAAACUUUGAACUGAUAUGCCCUUCACCAAUUACAUAGGGUCCCUUGGGCCUCAGAACUUUCCACAAACGUUUCAGUCUCUAUGGCGAUGCAUGACCGCUGAGGCCGAGCCCAGGUGUUAAGGCGGUGGCAGGCUCUGGGCGAGCCUGGGGAGAAGGUCUGGCUGCAGAAGCCACGGACGGUCCAUCCUGAGCCUUUUGGACGGACCGCUCCGCCUUGCUAGGAGUCUGCAGAGCCGCCUGGACAGGCCUGUCCUAACCUCCCCACUUGCCAGGGGAGCGGGCGCGGCACCCCCCCAGGUGGUAACUCUGGAGGCGCAGGUGCGCCUGAGGGCCUCCCCUGGGACCCCACUUCUGCUGAUGUUUAAACUUCGCCCUUCUGGCUCCCUCAGAGGCUGUGAGUCUGGUGAGAGCAGUCCAUUUUGCCUAGCCCCCUGGUCCCAUGCAGCCGUUCAGCAUCCCUGUUCAAAUUACACUCCAGGGCGGCCGGAGACGCCAGGGGAGGUCAGCCUUUCCUACCUCAGGGACGAGGAGACACACAGACCACGAUGAUGGAGACCCACCAGAUGUGCGCAGGAAGCGGCCAUCCAGUGCUGGAGAGGACCGGGCCAUACUGCUGGGGUUUGCAAUGAUGGGUUUCUCUGUCCUAAUGUUCUUCGUGCUUGGAGUAACCAUCCUGAAGCCCUGCUUGCUCAGCACUCAGAGAGAAGUGAACUGCACUAUCAUCCAUGCGCACAUCAUGGACGACUGGAUGGACUGUGCAUUUACCUGUGGGAUGGACUGCCGAGGUCAGGGCAAGUACCCGUGUCUCCAGGUGUUUGUGAACCUCACCCAUUCAGGUCAGAAAGUGCUCCUACAUUAUAAUGAAGAGGCUGUCCAGAUAAACUCCAAGUGCUUCUACACACCUAAGUGCCACCAGGAUAGAAAUGAUUUGCUCAGCGGUGCUCUGGACAUAAAGGAAUUCUUCGAUCACAAAAAUGGGACCCCGUUUUCAUGCUUCUACAGUCCAGACAGCCAAUCCGAAGAUGUCAUUCUCAUAAAAAAGUACGACCGGACGGUGAUCUUCCACUGUUUCUUUUGGCCUUCGCUGACCCUGCUGGGUGGCGUCCUGAUAGUUGGCAUGGUGAGAUUAACACAGUACCUGUCCUUCUUGUGUGAAAAACACAGCGCUGCAUUCAGAGAUGAGGUAAGUGGCAAAGUUCCUUACACGGCACAGCAUCAACGCAGACUGUGGCGUGUGGGGAGGAGCGAAGGAAGGAGCGGAGAAACCUUGAGGCGGUGGCCAAAUUCAAGUCCUGGCCCUCAGGGACCUGCAGGGUCUGCACUUGAGGACCUGAUUAUGCCUCCUCGCAAACUAACCGGGUAGAAACAAAGCUUGGUUACUUCAUGUGGGAAAGAAAAAUGUUAAAAAGUCUCAUUGUGUAUUCUCUUCUAUAAAUAAAUAUAAAUCCACCAUC